CGGCAGACGUCCCCGCCCGCCCCGCAGGCGCCGCCCGCUCCGAAGCAGGCGUAAACGGAGACGUCGCGACAGGCGCGGGCCCCCGCCCCAUGUUGCCGCCGCCACCCCUACAGUGCACCCCCACCACCCCCAGCCGCCCCCGCCUGCCCAACGACGCCCCCGCGUGCUGCGUGCGUCGACCGAGCAAGGAUUAACACCUCAUCAGAGAUAGCAGGGGAGCAUAGCAUGGGCACCAACGCCGCCAACCCCACCUACCAGCAGGUGGCCACGCUGGACGAUGGGCAGAGGAGAUGCGGAUGCAAGACGGAGAGCGAGUGCUCAUGCGGCGAGGAGAACACCCGGCUGACCCGGGGCGACGGCCAGUAUGGCGACGGCGACCCCACCUCCCCGGGGGAGGACGAGCUGUCGCUGUGCGACUACCACGACCUGCCACCGCCGCCCGACGGCGGCUACGGCUGGGUCAUCGUCUUCGCCUCCUUCAUGUGCAACAUGAUCGUGGACGGCAUCGCGUACACGUUCGGCAUCUUCCUCGACCGAUUCGUUGAGGUGUUCGGCGAGGGCAAGGGGAAGACGUCCUUCGUCGGCUCGCUCCUGUCGGGCGUGUACCUCAGCGCUGGGCCCGUGGUCAGCGCGCUCACCAACAAGUAUGGGUGCCGGGCGGUCUGCAUCGCGGGGAGCAUCAUCAGCUGCGCUGCCUUCGCGCUCAGCACGCUCUCUCCAAACGUGAACGUGCUCAUGAUAACCUACGGCGUUCUGGGAGGUCUGGGCUUUGGCCUCAUCUACCUGCCGGCCGUGGUGUGCGUCGGCUACUACUUCGAGACCAAGCGCUCGCUCGCCACGGGUAUCGCCGUGUGCGGCUCGGGCUUCGGCACGUUCGUGUUCGCUCCGCUCGCCACCAUGCUGGUGCGCGAGUACGACUGGUGGGGUGCCAACCUCAUCCUCGCCGGUCUCAUCCUCAAUUGCGCGCUGUUCGGCGCCCUCAUGAGGCCGCUGGAGUUCCCUAAGGGCCCCGGCGUGAAGCCGCUGCUGCAGCGGAUGGCCGAGGAGAAGCGCUUCCAGAUGGAGCGCGGGUCCAUCGGGGGCUCGUACUUUGUGGUGCAGCUGCCUGACGGCUCCAUGGAGAAGCGUCUAAAGAUGCCCAUCAACAUCGACCCAGGCGUGCACUCGUCCUUCAACCUGGACCAGCUCGUGCCGGGCACCCCGGUCAACCCACUGCCCACUGUACCCACCCUCCCAACCAUCACGGAGGCCAAGGUUCAGGAAGUCAAAGAUGCGGCCAACUCCAACGGGGCGGACAUGCGGCCACCGGAAGUACCACGAGGCCGGAAGAAGAGCCGGGUCGAGGACCUCAAGGAGGAAGACGAAUUGCUACGCAGGGACCUAAUCAAGCAGGAGCGAGAGCACGACAGAAGAGUGUCCACCCCGGAGGCACCUAACCCCGCUGCGUUGCAGCAAGAGCAGAUGAGCCACGGAGUUGUGCCCCCUAAGUCCGUCAUCCCUAGGAACGCAUCGCAGCCUGCCUUCUCUACUCACGUCCAAGGGCUUCCAAAGAAUGGAUCUGUUCCGUUCUUCGACCGGAUCCGCAAAACGUCUACUGGGGAAAGGUUCCGACCGACGCUGGCCGCUAUCUCCAACUCAAGGCCCACGAUGACGUCCAACGGUGAUGUACGCAAGUCGCUCCACCUUCGCCUGUCCAAGUCCUCGCUUGCGGGUCGCUCUAACAACAACGCCGAUGACAUGUGGUCUCGGACCGACGUGGACACAGAGUCCGUGUGCUACACCGGCAGCAAGCUGAGCAUACCCGGCGGCGCGCGCAUGCGGCGGGAACUCAUCCGCCCCAUGUCGCGCAAGGACAUCUUCUACACGGGCUCCGUGUGCAACCUGCCCGAGUACCAGAGCCAGAAGUCCCUCGCAGGCUACCGGCAGAGUGUGCUCUCGCUCUCCAUGUACGGCCAGGGUGGCACGGGAGCCGUCGAUGAGAAGCCUCCACCCGACCUAUGCCCGUGCCUGAGCCUCCCGGACUCGAUGAGGCACGCGCUCGCGUCCAUGAUGGACUUCACUCUGCUCAAGGAUCCCGUCUUCAUGAUGAUUGGCGUGAGCAACCUCUUCGGCAUGGCAGGACUGUACGUCCCGUUCGUGCACCUCGUCAACGCUGCAGAUGAUAAGCUGAACAAGGACUCAGUCGUGGUGCCGAAAGAGACCAUCUCGUUCCUCAUUUCCAUCAUCGGCAUUGUGAACACGGUGGGUCGAGUUGUGUGCGGCUGGAUCGCGGACUUCCCUUCUGUAGACUCACUUCUGCUCAACAACCUGUGCCUCAUCGUGGCCACACUGUCCGUCGCUGCCGUCCCACUGUGCACGACCUACUACUGCUACGUUGCGGUCGCCAUCUUCUUUGGCCUCUCCAUCUCCGGCUACAUCUCCCUGACGUCCAUCAUCCUGGUGGACCUGCUGGGCUUGGACAAGCUGACCAACGCCUUUGGGCUGCUCAUCCUGUUCCGCGGGGUGGCCGCCGCCGUGGGGUCGCCGCUGGCGGGGAUGAUGUACGACGUGACGGGCACCUACGACGUCCCCUUUUACAUGGCGGCCGCGCUCUUCGCCCUCUCCACCGUCACGUCCUUCUUGGCGGCGCCGCUCAAGCGCUGGACGGCGCGCGAGGAGCUGCCGCCGCAACAGGACGCGCUCACGCCCAUAGACGAGGACGAGGAAGAGGAGGAGGACGACGAUGACGAAGAACAGCAGGGCAUCCAGAUCACCAUUCCAGAGAUCCGCGAGACGGCACCCUCGCCGCGCACGCCUAACCCGCCACAAGAGAUCAAACAGAUUGAAUCGGUGCUUUGAGGAAGCCAGGCGCGCAGGGGCACCGAAGACACGGUUCACGAACCGGGAGGCCAGACGAGGAACUCGCGUCUGGCGUAGGCGUCUCUAUGAUGGACUGUCAGUGGACUUUGAACCAUGUUUCGAGAUGCCUUAGUGCGCCCCUUUAGACAGAGCUGUUGAAGUAAUUUUUGUAAGUUCUCUCUAAGAAAAUUAGAUUCUCAGAUAAAACUUACCAUGCGCCUACCACAGCGGAGGUUUCGCGCCUUGUGGCACGUUUCCCCGGCUCCCGGCAAAAUCUUACAUUUCCUUGUCAUCUCAUUCGUUUCAUGUCUCAUGACUGCCCUAAACGCUUGCCUUCGGCCCAGGCUUUGGCUAGUGCUUUGUCAGCACCAGUCACAAAACCACUCGAGGAGCGAAUUGUGUGAGAAGAAUUAGAUUAUUUCUACUCAAUGUAAUAUGUGUGAGUGUGUGUGUGUGUGUGCGGGGAAAAGGGGGGGGGGGGUAUGCAUGAGUCAGAGAUGAGGGUUUCCAACCGACAACGCAGACUGAGCAGUGAUCUCUGACGGACGCGACAGACCGCUUGGACAGUCUUUGGCUGGGCUACGCAGACCACAAGCAGGACAAAACGAUAAGAAGAAAAAGUUCCCCUCCUCCCCUUUACCUACAAGUAGUCUGCGGAGCCCUUACAGAGAUCCACCAAGCGGUCCUUCGCGUCAGAAAAAAGCUAUCCCAUUUUUAAACGGUCUGUCAGAAACGGGAGAAACGUUCAUCUAUGCGCGCGCGUGUUCAUGUAUAGGUAUAUGUAAGUGUACGUUGGGUAUGUAUACUACUACUACUACUGAUAGGGAGAUAUGGGGCCUCCCGGGACGCAGGACACCGAGUCUGCAUCAUAUAUUUUAUGACGUAUUUAAGCUGUUAUUUUAGUUGUGUAGGAUAAUUUGAGUGCUCGUGGCCCUUCCUCCUCUGACGUGUUCCUUUGUGAAUGACUCUGUUUGAUCGGUUACAUAGAGAGAUGCAGAUGCAGUGUCCUGUUCUCUGGAUGAUCCCGGUAACGUUAAGAAGGGUAUUUCUGUCAUGGAUAGUUUUGGAUCGUUUUUGUUUUUUUCUGCUGUGGAUACUUUGCCCAUACUAUGGUCCCUUAUGAGACCCUUGAGCUUUGCUAGGUGCGGAGUGAACUUUACAAACUGCAGCAGGUUAGUUGAUAAAAGUUCCGCUCAUGAGGAAAUGUAUCAUCUGUGUACAAAUAAACAGACCCUUUCCAAGUGAGGUUGAGCUACUUUCCCAGAUAUGAAAGUUCUAAUUAGUUUCCCAAGAACUGUCUCCUAUGUGUCUCGUACUUGGGUUCAUCAUAUUAUGUUAAGUUGUGGAAAUGUGUCUUUUUUUGUUGUUUUUUUAAGUUAAUGCAUUGUUGUGGUACUUUACUUAGCGUUACAAAGUCAAAGGAACUGCGGCAACAAGUAUUCUCUUAUGGCUGUGCAAAAAACUUUAAGCAUCAUCACCGAUAGCUUUAAGUGUCAAUUUAAAGAGUACUGGAGAGGUUUACCAUAGUAAUAUUUCAACUGAAUUGAGAAAAGAAAAUGUGAGGAAAAUAUAACCAAUCUAUAUACUGAAAUACUUAAAAAAGACCAGAUUAAAGCUAAUGGGGCUUUGUUCGUAGAGACGAGAACUUUGAUGCAUUAGGUGGGUGGUGUACAAAGCAGUACCAGAGCCAUUUAUUAUGCCUUGGCCUUUUGUUGAGUCAUUUCUUUUGCUGAGAGUAAGAAAAAAUAGAUCUUUUCCUUCUUGGCACACAUUCAGCAUUUCCUUUGUCUUUACUUAAAUGUCAUUUUGUCAACAUCGUUUUGUACUUAUUUCAACUCAUUUGUGUGUACAAAGUAUGACGAGCUGUAACUUUAGAGUCUGUGCAAUGAGCCUGUAUGGCUUGACCUUCUAUAACUUAAUGAUACUUUUAUGUCAGUCAAACAUCUCGAAAACGUUCGUGCCCUUGUGGUUGCAGCUUUAGUGUAAAUAUUUUUCCGUGUCCCUAUGACAAGGGAUCUGCUAAAACGUAAAUCAGAUACGCUUUAAUGAGUACACCACUUAUAGCUUGACUCCAUCCAUUAUGCGUAAAAUAAAAUCAUUUGUUCUUGUAAUUCGUAUGUUUUUCGGGGAAUGCUUCGCUAGAGGUGGCGUAAGGUGGUGAGUCCUGGUGUGGGCGCGCGCCGAGCGACCCCUUUCCCGCGAUUUCGGAGACUUGGUGUGCCACGCGACGAACUCUUAUUAUAUAUUUUUGUAACGACAUUGUGUGCGUGUGUGUGUGUGUGCGUGUGUGAAAGAGAACGAGCGAGAGAGAGAGAGAAAUUGUAUGAGAGGAUGAAUGAGAGAGCGAGAACGACGAGGGUCUCCGAGUGGCGCACCGGACCCACCGGACUCCCCACACCUACCACGAGCUGUAGCAAGUGUUAUACCUUCACAAUUUCCUCGAUUCUUUUUGUACUUUAAAAUUCCUACGCCAACAGUGCUGCAACCACGGUAUUGCAAUAGCCGCUGUUAUUUUUUUUUUUCCAAAAUAAAUAUGAUCGUGCAA